AAAGUGCUAUAACCUACCCCAAAAUAUUCAACAUGGCUUGCCUUGAAAUCUUUCUGGCCCUCUUGGGCUUUGUUCUGCUCAUCUACAAGUGGUCCAUCGGCACUUUCAAGACUUUUGAGACACGGAAACUGCCCUACGAAAAGCCCUGGCCAUUCUUCGGAAAUGUGGCCGCCUCAUCACUCCAACGAAUCUCUUUACACAAACAACUCACCGAGUUUUACCUGCGAUCGCGUCAGCACAAAGUGGUUGGCUUCUACAAUCUGCGCAAGCCGAUGGUUCAGAUAAACGAUCCCGAGUUAAUCAAGAAGGUCUGCGUCAAGGACUUUGACUACUUCCCCAACCACCAGCUGUUGAUCACCACCAAUGAGCGUCUGCUGAACGAUAUGAUCAAUGUGAUGAAGGAUCAGCGAUGGAAGAACAUGAGGAACACCCUGACUCCGGUGUUCACGUCUGCCAAAAUGCGCAGCAUGUUCGCUUUGAUGAAUGAUAGUUUCUCGGAAUGUCUCCAGCAUGUGGACAAGUUAUCGGAUAAUCCCGCCUCCAAAAAAGGCCUUGAAGUGGACAUGAAGAUACUCUUCAAUAAGCUCUCCAGUGAUGUGAUAGCCACCACCGCUUUUGGAUUGAAGGUGAACUCCUUCGAGAAUCCGGAAAAUGAAUUCUAUUCGGUGGGUCAGUCGCUGAUCUUCUCCACGGCACUUCAGUUCUUCAAAUUUACGCUGUCCGCAAUGAUGCCUAAACUUUUUACUUUCUUCAAUAUGAAAGUCUUCGAUGGCAAGAAAGUUGAUUAUUUCGUUAGCCUGGUGGUCGAUGCCAUGAAGUUGCGGGAGCAACAGGGCAUUACCCGGCCGGAUAUGAUCCAGCUGAUGAUGGAGGCCAAGAAGGAGGCCAAGCAGAACUGGACGGAUGACGAGAUAGUGGCCCAGUGCUUCAUCUUCUUCUUCGCCGCCUUCGACAACAAUUCCAACCUGAUCUGCAUUACGGCCUACGAACUGCUGCACAAUCCCGAAAUCCAGGAACGUUUGUACCAGGAGAUCUUGGAAACGCAGGAGUCCCUGAAUGGUGGCUCUCUUACUUACGAUGCUGUACAGAAGAUGACCUAUAUGGACAUGGUAAUCUCUGAGACACUGAGGAAGUGGACCCUCUCCCCUUCCAUAGAUCGUGUUUGCUCCAAGGCCUACACCCUUACUGAUGCGGAUGGCACUAGGAUCUUCGACUUCAAGGCUGGUGACCUGGUUACCAUUCCUAUAGCCGGACUCCAUGGGGAUGAUCGCUACUUCCCCGAACCCAGAAAAUAUGAUCCCGAGCGUUUUAGCGAGGAGCGAAAGGCUGAAAUCUUGCCAUUUACCUAUAUACCCUUUGGUGCUGGACCUCGAAGCUGCAUAGCCAGCCGAUUUGCCCAGAUGCAGGUGAAGGGCAUGUUGUACCACCUGCUGCUUAAUUACCGAGUAGAAGCUUCUCCCAGGACCCUCAAGGAUAUGUGGGAGGAGGCCCGCAGCUUUAGCCUGACUCCAAAAUCUGGACUCUAUAUGCAAUUGGUGCCACGCCAAUAGCUGAUUUUGUAACCCAAAAGACUGGAUUUGUGAUAUACACUAUUUGAAUUUGCCGGACGAAUAUGACAACAAAUAUCAGUAUUAUUUUGUUAUUCUUGUUCGGUAUAUCCAUAUAU